AGAUUGAAUUCACUUCAGGAACUUCAGCUCCUCGAGAUUAUGUGCAAUUAUUUCCAAGAGCAGACCAAGGAUUCAAUCCGGCAGAUCAUUUUCUCAUCUCUCUUCAGCCCUCAAGGAAACAAAGCAGACGACAGUAGGAUGGCUUUACUGGGAAAGCUGGUUUCCAUGGCAGUGGCUGUGUGCAGGGUUCCUGUUCUGGAGUGUGCUGCCUUCUGGCUGCAGCGAACCCCUGCGGUGUACUGCGUGAGGCUAGCCCGAGCCUUGGUCGAUGACUACUGCAACUUGGUGCCAGGCUCCAUCCAGACACUGAAGCAGAUAUUCAGUGCCAGUCCUCGCUUCUGCUGCCAGUUCAUUACAUCCGUCACAGCCCUCUACGACCUCUCUUCAGAUGACCUCAUCCCUCCUUCAGAUCUGCUGGAGUUGAUUGUUUCCUGGAUCUUUGAAGACCCCCGCUUGAUCCUGAUCACCUUCCUGAACACCCCUAUUGCAGCCAACCUGCCAAUAGGGUUUUUAGAGCUCACCCCGCUGACGGGACUGAUCCGUUGGUGCGUGAAGGCCCCCUUGGCUUACAAAAGGAAGAAGAAAGCCUCCCUCUCAAAUGGACCCCCCCCCAGCAAAAUUGCCAAGGACUCAACUUCAGGAGAAGACAGAGAUUGCCACCAGCUGUAUUCAAAACUGCAUCUAAGUGUUCUGCAGGUUCUUAUGAUGCUUCAGGGGCAUUUAACGGAGAAGAACCUUUAUGGGCGCCUGGGGCUAGUACCCUUUGACCACGUGGUUCCACUCGUUGAGGAAAUCAACAGACUGUCUGAUGAACUCAAUCCUCUCAAUGCAUCCAAAGAGAUUGAACUGGCUCUGGACAGACUGGCUCAGGCUUUGCAAGUGGCCAUGGCAUCAGGAGCACUCCUGUGCACUAGAGAUGACUUGCGAACUGUGUGCUCCAGGCUACCACAUAACAACCUGCUCCAGCUGGUGAUUUCAGGUCCAGUGCAGCAACCGACCCACGGCGCUCUGCCACCAGGAUUUUAUCCUCAUAUCCAUACUCCUCCUCUGGGCUACCCCACGCACCCUGCGCUCCCGGCUCACCCGGCGCUCCCGGCUCACCCCGUACAAACAUUUAUACCAGGAAUGACGUUCCCAUACCGGCCUAUUCGCUAA